AAACCCAAAAAGUUGGUCUUUUAAAACAAUAACAUUAUAUCCUGUCAUUUCGCUCUUUUGUAAUUUGACCCCAGGCAUACGAAUCCCGACCUCACGUCCCUUAUUAGUACUGAAGUACUGGGUACUUCAUACUUCGAAAUAAUAAUAACUUUGCGGCGUCUCGCGUGGAUCACCCAGGUAAGGCAAGAUUAAGGUUACCCCUCGAGGUAAUUCUUGCUUGGUCCUCAAACUUCUCUUACGACUUCUCGCUGUAUACAUUCCAAUCAUUCUCUUGUACCGCUCACUUCUUGCGCCAUUCCCAUAUUCAAUCGCAAUUAUCAUCAAGGCGCAUUUUACCUUGCUCAUUGUUGUCGACUCGGACUCUGAAGUUUGUCCUUCGAUUGGGGAAACUGUUCAACAUCUUUUCAUAACUUCUAGUGAGUGAAUUUGUUUUUUUUCCUUGGGUUGGAUCCUGAAGCUUGCUUUAUUUUCUUAUUGUUGCCUCCAUUGAUCAUAGUAUCGACAAACAAACAACAAAAGAAAGACGUCUAUACUUAUUGUCCCUUUUUCAACAAACAAUGAUGGCUGGUCCAACAAGCAUUGCAAUGGCUAACAAUGCAACUUUGAAAAGGUCCUUUACUGCGAUUACACUUUCUCCACCCGCUUCUCCGGACUUAAGUGGGAUAUCUAAAACAUAUUGGGGCAUACAAUCAAUUCAACGCACACGCGAACUAUUGGCGCAGGCUCCAGUUGUCAAGCGUCGCGAUCUUUCUGGGAGACGGAAGAUGCCAUCAGCAGCUGGUCUCCGAAUACACGAGAAUCAUUUACCUACGUUCAUGUCAGUAUAUGGCAUGGAUUCGGACAUGAUGGACGAUUCAGCGUUAGGCGGCACUCCCACCAAAUUAUCGGCUAGUCCGUAUAACAAUCAGCAAACACAUCAAAUGCCAGAAGUCAAGACCGAUAGCAACCUACUUCAAAUACAUUCCCAUCAACAUCGGGAAAGCACUUCAACACAAGCAUUCGAUUCGACCGACUCUUCUCCAACCACAACAGUGUCGACGAUAGACUCAUCUUCACUAUCAGAUCCAUCACCAAGUUCGUCACCUGAAUCACCAAUCACGAUCGUCCCAUUAUCCUCAUUCACCGGAUCUUCGUUUGGCCUAGAUUCUUUCCAAAAUCUGAAGAUGGGUGAAAUAGAUACAAGGCCGCCGCCCAUCACCGUGGAACGGCCUAUGACUUCACCUUCCCCAAGGAAAAAGAAUCCCAAAAGUCUUGCUCUAAAUCUCCGGCCAAGCAUUGAUGAAUUCGCCUCAGAGCCGCCCUCCCCGUCUUUUAUCAAACCACCACCACUGAAGGCUAGAAGAAAGCCAAGUCUUUUAAGUUUAAAUACGGGAACAGCGAAUAUGAACUCAGAACCUUUGGGGCAACAAGGAACCUCGUCAAUGCUGCAACGCAGAGGGUUAAAACAUUCUGUCUCGUCGCCGCAAAUGCUUUCAAUGACGACACCGGGCUUUGGUCCUAGUGGUGGAAUGACAUUGGGUGAUCCGUCUAGAGGCUUUGGUGGUUCGAGGUUAAAAGAAUCUGGCCCGCCGAGGGAUACAUUCACCAUCAAUGAAGACGAUGCACCCUCGCCAACAGGAGUCCAAAUGGCAACUCGAGCGCCAGGCAUGUCUAUUGGCGGUGAUUCGUUUGACAGACCGCCUACUGGCGAGGACUGCAAGUCCCCAUCAUAUCCUGACGGUCCAAUCCUUAUGCACGAACCGACCAUACAUCUAUAUUCGGAGCCUAGGAUGGAGGAGGCUGCAGAAUUUGACGUUGUGAUUAAUGUCGCACGGGAAGUCAAAAAUCCGUUCGAAGCAAACCUUAGGGAGAUGAAGAGGGAGGAAGAGGAGAAACAAAAGAGGCUCAGCCAUACCAGCAUAGAAUCCAGGGACAACUUUGUGGAUCCGUACGCCGAGAUCCCUGGUACAGCCGGAACCAUUUCCUCUUUUCAAACUGCUUACGAGACUCAAUCGGCUGGUUCCGAAUCGAGUUCUACAGAAUCGUCCCCAUCCACACCACGACCUAGCACCUCGGAAAUGAAGAUUCCCGAGUACAUCCACAUUCCCUGGGAUCAUAAUACAGACGUGCAAGGUGAAUUGUGGGAUUUAUGCCAAACCAUAGAAUCAAGAGCCAAGGAGGGAAAAAAAGUUCUAGUGCAUUGUCAACAGGGUGCCAGCCGAUCAGCAACCUUGAUAAUAGCAUACGGGAUGUAUAUCAACCAGGACCUAUCAGCAAACGAAGCAUACAAUUUGGCACAAUCGAAGUCACGUUGGGUCAAUCCAAAUAUGUCUCUGCUCUUCUCAUUAAACGACUUCAAAAAGGUUAUUGAAAGAAAGAAGUUGGAGAAACAGAUCGCUGAGAACAAGAAAAUGGUUACUAAGAAUGAGAGCCUGAGUAGGCACAGGCAAUCGCUAUCUGCCAAUGAUCUCGAUACAGCAUCGUCUCUCGGCCGUAACAGAGUUAAUUCUUCUCCUGUUUCCCCACCCAGAGAUUCAGCUGUCAGAGAGCCUGUGAUUAUGGAUCAUGAAGUCAAAGAAGAGAUAAACUCUGGUUGCAAUUCUGCAAUUGAUCGCCUAAGUCGUUUUGACUUCGGAUUUGGUGACAUUCCACGAAUUGAACCCUUCACAAAGUUCGGAGAUAGUUCCGAAAUCGAGCGGCUACCAUUACAAGAAACCAAAUGGCAGCUUGACAUGAUGUCCCCUCGACCACAGGAUGAUGACGCGCAAUCGAGUAUAAUGUCGCCACGGAUAAGUGAGAUGACUCGCAAUCCUCUCGAACAUGCUUUUUCACGUGUCAUUCCACAAGAGUCUUCCAAGGGAACACCCAGCCUUUUUUCUCCACGUGGCUUCGAUUUUCAGCGGACAACAUUCUUCCCUCCAACCGUUGCAAUUCACCCAAGUCUCCCACCCGCCCAAGAUCCUCGAAGUCCACCCAUAACAGGCGAAGCGACUAUUACUCGAUCUAUCGAUGAUUUCCUUUGAGUAUUUUGCAAAGCACAUAGAAUCUAUCAUACUACAGAAUAUCACCAUAAUUUCCAUGACCAAUGCUUUAUUUAUACCACAUUUCGCAAGCAUUAUAAGCACACAUUGAUUUGUAUGCCAAAUUUUGGUUUACCAUUCGGCGUUUUUUUUUUGUUUUUGUUUUUUCUCUCUCUCUUUUCCAAAUUUAUAAGCAAUACGCCGGUUUUUCUCAUGAUGGACGAAGAUGGAAGGGCGUUUGCAUAAGUUCGUGGCGUUGGAUAAAUAGGCAGGUCACCGUUACCGCCUCGCUGUAAGAUUUUAAUGAAUCGUCCCUUUGUUCUCUGGUGGAGUGGGAGGAUGGAAGAGAUGGAGAGGAACAAGAACAGGAACAGAGCACUCACUUGGUUGAGAGUGGGAACAAUGGGGACAUAUGAUGAGGCCAAUGAGUCAAGAAGGGGAAAAUCCCCUGUUGUAUCAAAUGUGCUUGAGCUCCUUGGUGGAUGGUUACGAAUAAAAUCAUAUACCCAAAACAGAUAUUUACUGGCU